AGACGGCUCCAAGUUUGAAGCACCUCAUUCCACAACGUUAAGUUGACUCCUCGUUGCCGACUUCCAGGAACCACGAAGAUGUAAUAAUCUCUUGUAGUUUUCUGUAACCCUACUAUGUAAUAAUAAUCCACCAAAACUUCCAACUAUCACAUUUUCAUCACAACAUGAAUCACAACAUUCUAAAUCUCCUAUCACUUUUCAUACUCACACUCUCAACAUUACCCUCAUCAUCUCUCUCUCUCCCAUCUCUCCCAUCUCUCCCACAUUUCUUCCCCAACAUCUCCUCCAUCCCCCACUCCAACCUCUCCGCCGCAUGGGACUCCUUCCACGCCCUCGCCGGCUGCCACUCCGGCGACCAAAAACCCGGCCUUGCCAAACUCAAACAGUACUUCCACUCUUUCGGUUACUUGACUAUUUCAAAUUUCUCCGAUAACUUCGAUGAUUCACUUGAGGCCGCUAUCAAAACCUACCAGCUCAACUUCAAUUUGAACUCCACCGGAGAACUCGACGAUUCGACAUUAACUCAAAUUCUUCAGCCGAGAUGCGGCGUCGCCGAUAUAGUCAACGGCACGACGACGAUGAAGUCAAACUCGAAUGUGACGAAACGAAGGAACUUAGGAGUCGUUAAGCAUUACUCGUUCUUCUCCGGAUCGCCGCGGUGGGGAGGGAAGAAGAGUGAGCUGACGUUCGCGUUUUUGCCGGAGAAUCGGUUAGAUGAGUCGGUGAAGGCGGUGUUCGCGACGGCGUUUGACCGGUGGGCGGAGGUGACGCCGUUGACUUUUCGCGAAACGGCGUCGUAUUCUCAGGCGGAUAUCAAGAUAGGGUUCUACAGCCGUGACCACGGCGAUGGGGAGCCCUUUGACGGCGUUUUGGGGACGUUGGGGCACGCGUUUUCGCCGCCGAGUGGGCACUUGCAUUUGGACGGCGACGAGAAUUGGGUCAUCAACGGCGAGAUUCUCCGGUCGCCGGCGGAGGACGCGGUGGAUCUGGAGUCGGUGGUGGUGCAUGAGAUUGGACAUUUGUUAGGGUUAGGUCAUUCUUCGGUGGAGAGUGCGAUUAUGUUUCCGUCGAUUUCGUCGGGAGUCCGGCGAGUUGAGCUCGCCGGCGAUGACAUAGAGGGGGUUCAGGCGUUGUAUGGGUCGGGUCCGGGUUAUAGCGGGUCACCGAAUCCGACCCUGGAGGAGAGCGAUACCAAUGGUGCAGGUAUUAUUGCUAGGUCAUUCUUUAUGGGAUCGUUAAGCUUGAGCUUUGGCAUUUUAUUAAUGAAUGUUCUGUAAAUUUUGUUUUA